AUGAAAACUCCUUUUAAAAAGUAACCAAAAAGUAUUUAAGAGAUUAUAAAGGACUUCUUAACAAAAGAAAUGGAAAAAGAAAGCAAGAAAAAUAUAAAUAUAGUUAUACUUCCAACAAAAAUAGGUUAAUCUAGUUGGAGAACUCGAAAUUUUGGAAGAAUAUCUACUUCAAAUAAUAAAACAAUUGAUUAAAAUGUAAUAGUUACUCCAAAUAAUUAUAAUCAAAUUUCUACAAUAAAUUAAAGUUAAAUAUCUUCUUCAAAUGACAAAACUAAAAAUAAAUCAAAGUAAGACAAGUUAGUAAAUAUAACCUAAUAAUAACAAAAUUAAUAUAAAAGAAAAGUAGAGAUACAGAAAACAAAGUCACAUAGAAAAUCAUUUUCGUUGAAUACUAAUAAAUCUAUUUAUCAAAAAUUACCCAAUUUACCUAGAAGAAUAAAUUACUUUACAGAAGUAGCUAAAAGUUUAGAGCUUAAAUUUAAUGAUACAAUAGAAGGGUAUUAAGUUGAAUAAGAUGAUAUGUCUUUUGAAAUUGAUGAAUAUGUUAAAAUGAAAUAUAUUAAAUAGAUUUAAUAUUAAGAAAUCUGA